CCCUAUAUAUAGCAUCUUCACUCACAUAAUCUCUGCCGGGGUUCCAAUUAUGAUUGACUGCCAAAGUUGAGGAAAAGGUAGAUCCCAGGUGACUGACUCCUGGGAUUUUACACACAGAGACCAGCAGGACUCCAGCUACUGACCUGACUCCUCCUCGGGCACCUCUAUUCCACUCUGCAGGAUUUUGUUUUACCCAACUCGACUCAUUGCUGUUCAGCAAACCCAAGAAUCACAGCCUCCAGACUUUGCACAGGUAGCCUGGGGGUGCAGCCUAGCUUGUCACUGGCCCUGCUUCCAUUUCAGCUCGGGCAGCCUCAGCGUUGGUCCAAGGAUGUCUAUGAUGUAUGAAGACCUCCAGUCCUUGGAGAGUGAGAAGAAAAGCCAAGGUUUUAGAAACAGGCUGCCUCCUCCCCCAGCCUUCCUGCAGCAUUUCUGGUCUGGACCCUGCCCCCUUCUGCUCACUCUGGGCCUCAUCCUUCUCCUGAUGAUUGGAAUCAUUGUGAUUGGGUCCAAAAGUGCCAGGAUUCACAGUGAUGUGGAGACCCUGAGAGCAUCUUUCAGCAACUUCACUUCCAACACGGAGGCUCAGGUCCAGGCACUGCACUCCCAGGGUGGCAGUUUGCAAGCAACAAUAACAUCUCUGAAAGCUGUGAUAGAAAACCAGGAGCAGGAACUGCAGGCAGCCCGCAGCUUGAAUGACAAGGUGUUUUCUCUGGAGAUAAAGCUGGAGAAGGAGCAGCAGCAACUCCAAGCAGGUUAUUCUGAAAUGCUCCUGAGAGUCCAGCAGCUGGUCAAAGACCUGCGCACCCUGCACUGUCAGAUGGCUGCGCUCCGGAGCAAUGACUCUCAAGAUGCCUGCUGCCCCAUUGGCUGGCUGGAGCAUGGCGGCAGCUGCUACUGGUUUUCUCCCUUUCGAUUGUCCUGGUCCGAGGCUCAGAGUUCCUGCCAGCUGCAGAACGCCCAUCUGGUGGUCGUGGGCUCCCAGAAUGAGCAGGUGAGAACUGGGAGAGCUUGUUUGGGAGGCUUGUUGGUUUAUUUGAAGUCAUCGCCCUCAUCUCCCCACAGAAGUUUCUUGAGCAACACAUGUACCCUGUGGACACCUGGAUUGGCCUUACUUACCAACCUGGUCUCUGGACAUGGGUGGAUGGGACAGACUAUAAGACUGGCUUCCAGAACUGGAGUCCAGGGCAACCAGAUAAUUGGUACUACCAUGGGCAAGAGGACUGUGUCCACCUCACAACUGAUGGCCGGUGGAAUGAUAUCGUGUGCAUGACACCCUUCUGUUGGGUCUGUGAGACAGAGCUGAACAGAACCAGCUCCUCUUC